AUGAGGAUCCUAGCUUGGAACUGUAGGGGGGCAGCCAAGCCGUCCUUCAUGUCUUCUUUCAAACGGUUAGUGCAAAUUCAGUGCCCAGAGAUCUGUGUCAUUAGUGAGACCCGGCUAUCUGGUGAGGGACUUGCACGUCUGAGACGACGUCUGGGGAGGGACUGGGAGACAUACGCAGUCGAGUCCCAGGGGUUGUCGGGAGGUAUCUUGCUCCUGUGGAGGCGUGGGGUGGCGACCUUUGAUGUCUUCCAUAACUGCUCUCAACAGGUAGUUAUGGUCGUAUCGGCACCUGAUGCUCCUCCGUGGGUUUUGUGUGGGGUGUAUGCGAGCACGAAUCACAGGGUCAGGAGAGUCCUCUGGCAGGAGAUUGCCAGUCUCAUUGCCCAGGGUGUCCCGACAGUUGUAGUUGGUGACUUCAAUUGCAUCCUGAGUUCGGGUGACAAAAGGGGAGGGGCAGCCUUCACGGAUAAAGUGGACAGGAGGGAGUUCCGUGACUUUGUGUCACGCACGGGCCUGGUGGACUUAGGUUACUCAGGACCUCAGUUUACUUGGUGCAAUAAUCAGCUUGGCAGUGCUAGGGUUUGGGAGCGUCUGGACAGGGCCUUUGCGUCCCCAGACUGGUUUCUUCUCUUUCCUACCUGCAGGGUCACUCACUUACCUCGGAUCGCCUCGGACCACUGCCCCUUGCUGAUUUCUACAUCGCUGGGACCCAGGCAUCACAGCCCCUUCCGCUUUGAGAAGGUCUGGCUAUCGUACCCCCAGUCCUGGGAUAUUGUACGUGAUGCAUGGCGCCUCCCGGUGCGUGGAGACGCUAUGCACCGGGUGUCGCGUAAACUAGAGUUGGCCAAGAGGCGUCUCCGGCGAUGGAACCGCGAGGUUGUGGGCGAUAUCUUCCGGAGAGUGGAGGGGGUUGAGGCCGCGAUCUCCGAGUUGCAGUCGAGAGAAGAUUUGGAAGGCAUGCUUUCGACGAGCGAUACGGGUGACCUUCGGGGGUUUCUAGCGACUCACCACUCCCUCCUACGACAGCACGAGAUCUUCUGGCGUCAGAAAUCUCGUGUCUAG